CCUCUCUCUGGAUGUCUAUCUCUCUUCUGGGCUUCAGCGCCCCUGCCUAUGGGUCACUGUCCCCCUCCCUCUGGCCUCUGAUCUCUCUCUGGGUCUCUGUCUCCCUGUCUCUGGAUCUCUGAUCUCUUUCUGGCUCUCUGUCCGCCUCUCUCUGGGUCUCCCUCAGCUUGUCUUGGGCUUCUGCCCCUCCUUUUCUAGCAGCUGCCGCUCCCAUCCCAGCACCUGUUCUUGGGGUGGGACUGGAAGGUUUCACCCACACUCUCCCACAACUAACCCGACUGGUCUUUUUUAAAUCUAGUAAUCCAUACCCAGAGUUACAGCCCACAGGCCUACUCAUUGCUCUUGUGUGCUCUUCUGGAAACUAGGGGGAGAAGAGCUCCCUAAACUACCCCAGAAACCCAGUCACUUUUUCUUCUAGGACCUAGGGGUCCAUGCCCCAGUCCUCUUCUCUCAAACCCAGUGGAUCAAUCUACAGCCUUCCUCCCUCAGACCCAGUGGUUCAGACCCCAGCCUUCCUCCCUCAGACCCAGGGGUCCAGGCCCAGCCCUCCUCCAUCUGACCCAGGAGUUCAGACCCCAGACCUUCUUCCUCAGACCCAGGGAUCCAGGCCCCUGUCCUUCUCCCUCUGGUCCAGGAGUCCUGGCCCCACUCCUCCUCCCUCAGACCCAGGGGUCCAAGCCUCAGCCUCCUCACUCAGACCUAGGGGUCCAGACCCCAGCCUCCUUCCUCAGACCCAGGGGUCCUGGCCCCAGCCCUCCUCCCUCAGACCCAGGAGUUCAAACCCCAGACCUUCUCCUUCAGACCCAAGAGUCCAGGCCCCUGUCCUCCUCCCUCGGGUCCAGGAGUCCUGGCCCCAGCCCUCUUCCCUCAGACCUAGGGGUCCAGGCCCCAGCCUCUUCCUGCAGACCUGGGAUCCACCACUGUCUUUGUAGCUUUAAGUCCCUCAGGUAGAUGGGAGGAUCUUUCUGAGCUCUGUGUCCUUCCAGGCCCAGAUGGGGGAACCCCGAGCUGGGGCCCCCCUGGAUGAUGGCAGCGGCUGGACGGGCAGUGAGGAAGGCAGUGAGGAGGGCACUGGUGGCAGCGAGGGGGCUGGGGGAGACGGGGGCCCAGAUGCUGAGGGUGUCUGGAGCCCAGAUAUUGAGCAGAGCUUCCAGGAGGCCCUGGCCAUCUACCCUCCCUGUGGUCGUCGGAAGAUCAUCCUGUCUGACGAGGGCAAGAUGUAUGGUCGGAAUGAACUGAUUGCCCGAUACAUCAAGCUGAGAACAGGGAAGACCCGGACUCGAAAACAGGUUUCUAGUCACAUCCAGGUUUUGGCUCGAAGGAAAUCAAGGGAAAUCCAGUCCAAGCUGAAGGCCCUGAAUGUGGACCAGGUUUCCAAGGAUAAGACUUUCCAGACGAUGGCAACCAUGUCCUCUGCACAGCUCAUCUCGGCACCUUCCCUGCAGGCCAAACUGGGUCCUUCUGGCCCUCAGGCCACUGAGCUUUUCCAGUUUUGGUCAGGGGGCUCUGGGCCACCCUGGAAUGUUCCAGAUGUAAAGCCAUUCUCACAGACGCCAUUCUCCUUGUCACUGACUCCCCCAUCUACUGAUCUACCAGGGUACGAGCCCCCCCAAGCCCUCUCACCCCUGCCCCCGCCUGCCCCAUCACCCCCAGCUUGGCAGACUCGGGCCCUGGGCACUGCCCGUUUGCAGCUGGUGGAAUUCUCAGCGUUUGUGGAACCACCGGAUGCAGUUGACUCUUACCAGAGGCACCUGUUUGUACACAUCAGCCAGCACUGUCCCAGCCCUGGAGCGCCGCCCCUGGAGAGCGUGGAUGUCCGGCAGAUCUAUGACAAAUUCCCUGAGAAAAAGGGCGGUCUUCGGGAGUUGUAUGACCGGGGGCCCCCCCACGCCUUUUUCCUGGUCAAGUUCUGGGCGGACCUGAACUGGGGCCCAAGUGGUGAGGAGGCUGGGGCCAGCGGUGGCAGCAGCGGAAGUGGUGGCUUCUAUGGAGUAAGCAGCCAGUACGAGAGCCUGGAGCACAUGACCCUCACCUGCUCCUCCAAGGUCUGCUCCUUUGGCAAGCAGGUGGUGGAGAAGGUGGAGACGGAGCGGGCCCAGCUGGAGGAUGGGCGGUUCGUGUACCGCCUGCUGCGCUCACCUAUGUGUGAGUACCUGGUGAAUUUUUUGCAUAAGCUGCGACAGCUGCCUGAGAGGUACAUGAUGAACAGUGUCCUGGAGAACUUCACCAUCCUCCAGGUAGUAACAAACAGAGACACCCAGGAACUGCUGCUCUGCACUGCCUAUGUCUUUGAGGUCUCAACCAGUGAGCGAGGGGCACAGCACCACAUUUACCGCCUGGUUAGGGAUUGAAUGGGGACCCCACAACUGGCUAUUCCCAGAACACCUUCCUCCCCCAGGAAGGACCCUUCGGCUCUCCCCAUCCUUCUUAUCUGGGGAUGGGGCUGCGAUGAAAAAGGGCUUACCUCAGAGGCCUGAGCAACUGGGGCUGUCCCCUCUCAGAAUAGACCCCAAAACAUGGUUGGUGAGCUGAAUGGGUUGGAAGGAUAAACCCCAAUAUUGAGAUCUCACAGGGGGUGUCUGUAAGGACAGAUCACUCUGGUGUAUCAGGGAUUGGGGACAGGAGUGAGACAACACUGGCUUCUCAGCCUCAGACAGGGCCCUUCUCCAUUCUUCUGAAGUUUUGGGGC